AUGUCGACUACAGUUAAUUAUCAAAAUGCAAAACUAAAAUGGUUUCACGUAUUCAGCGAUCGUAAUGGUUAUAAUGUAAUAUUUAACCUGGAUCAUCACCCGGACGACCUAGUUUACGGUUACGGUUCAAACUAUUGGUAUAAACUGGGACUGGGUCAUACUGACCCGGUUGAAACACCCGUACUAAUCGAUGACCUAUGCAAUCGUAACAUACAUAAGCUACUAGUUGAAGAUUACUAUACGGUAGCCAUUGGUGGUCCUGAUGGCCAGGACUACAGUGUUGUACUAAUGUGGGGCCGUUUCGAUCGUAUACUACAUCCCGGUUUUGAACCAACCGAUGAUGACUUUAUCAAACGACCCCGGGUACUGGAGUUUCCGUUUAAGGUCCAGAAAAUUAGCCUGGCCAUACAGCACGCCCUGAUUUUGUCAACUACAGGCAAAAUAUACGCUAUCGGUACAAAUCAACAUGGUCAAUUGGGUAGCGCUAGCAUUGCCAACAACGAAAACAAUAACCAUAUUAAAAUGCAUAUGCUUGUCAAAGUAGACAUACCGGAGCCAAUUAUGGAUAUAUACUGUUGCGAUUGGUCAUCCUAUGCCCUGACCCGAACGGGCCGGGUAUACAGUUGGGGUCGAAAUUAUAAUUAUCAUCUAGGUCAUCAGCACUCGGAUGAUGUUUAUAUACCUAAACUAAUUGAUGGUUUAGCUAAUAUUCAAAUACAAUCGAUACGUUUGGCCGAUCGUAAAGCCCAUUUCCUAACAACUAGAGGCCAAUUGUACUAUUGUGGUGAACUGUCGACUACAGUAGCUAACGGUGCUGACCAUACAUUUCAGAUACAACCUAUUUUAUUGGACAAUCUACCUCCUGGAAAAAUACUAGCUAUUGAAAAUUUAUCAACAUAUUAUCAUAAAGUUGAUACUAAUACUAUAUUGAUAGUAAUCAACUAA